GAAGUUCGAGCGAUCGAGCAGAGGGGGAGGCAAAAUGGCGGAGCUCGAAGAUGUUACGCUGGAUGGGAAGCCGCUUCAUUCGCUCCGUGUGGCGGAUUUAAAAGCUGCUCUGGAGCAGCGAGGGCUCGCCAAAAGCGGCCAGAAAAACGCGCUCAUCAAGCGCCUGAAAGGGGCACUUAUGUUGGAGAACCUACAGAGGACGUCCACCCCUCAUGCUGGGCUGCAGCCCAACUCGCAGAUAGGGGAGGAGAUGAGCCAGAACAGCUUCAUCAAACAGUACCUGGCCAAGCAACAAGAGCUUCUGCGCCAGAGAAUGGAAAGAGAGGCACGAGAGGCAGCCGAGGCGGAUGAUUCAAACAGCCCUGCAGGACCUGAGGAAGAAGACCACGCAGAGGCCAAUGAUGACGAUUCAUCUUACCUGCCAGAAAAGCGUCACAAGGUAGCGUCUCGUCCCCCUUUGUCCCGAGCAGAAGAUGAUGAGGGAGGGGAUCAUGGAGGAGGGUUGCCGCAGGAUCCAGGUCUGCCAGGAGCUCGUAGGCUGGAUGUGGGCUCAGCUCCAGUAGCCCAGCAACCCUCUGAUGCCUCCACUGGGAGGAUCUGGCAGCCUUCCUUCUCUCAAGAGGAGGUUGCCACUCCCUCCCCUCCCCGCGCGGUGGCCUCUCUCUCAGUGCGUGUAGUUGGUCAGCCUGAACGACAGGGUCUCGUGCCCCGUCCACAAGAAAGAGAAGGUACUGCCCCUGUUGAAGCAGGACCAGCACAUUCGAUGCCACAGCUUAGUCAGUCUGCUCAUACUCAAGAGGAGAGCGACGACGAUGAAGAUGAUGAUGAUGAUAGUGAUGAAGAUGAUGAGUGGGGCCCUUCUCAUAGGAGGAAAAAUGCCCGCGCUCCUCCUGUGCACCAUCCGCCGGCAGCGUCUGCGCAGCGUUCCAGGCGCAAGCUUCAGCCUCCUCAGCACAUUCCACCUCAGCCACAGCCUGUGCAUCAUUCUCCUCUGCAGCUCCGCCAGCCCACGCCUCCUCCAUCUCCACCCCCAGAGCUCUCUUUCCCCAUGCCAGACACCCCCAAGCAAAGCCCCCCAGACCAGGACGAGCCUGCAGCACCAGGAGAAGGUGCAAGAGCUGGAAUGAGCGGUGCUUCUUCUCCUCCACCACUACAGAGGCAGGAGUCCAGCUCUAGCUCCGGAUCUAGCAGCCCAGAGCCACCAUCCCAGCGCAGACCAGGCCCUCUCAGCCUUUUGGUGCGCAAGAUGGAGUCUGAAGGAGCUUUUGAUGGUGGGCAGAAGAAGGAAGAAGAAGAAGAAGCAGAUGGAGCAAUGGAGGAAGCAGAUCAGGAGGAUGCACAGAUGGAAAUGGAGGCCAACAAUAGUGCGCUUGAGAUCUCCAGGGGAGAAGAUGAUACUCAUGCCUUGAGUGGUGCUGUGGCUCCUCCUGGUCAACAGGAUUUACCCCAAGAGGAGUUGCCCAAAGAGCCUGAACUAGUAGCCACUACCCUCUGUACCACCGAAGGCAGUGCUCAGGACUCAGAGGCUGUGAAAGAGAUUGAGAGGCAGGAGGAAGAAAGACCUGAGCAACACAAAGAGGAGAAAAGAGAAGGAUUAAGAGAGGAGAAGGAAAAAGAGAAGGAGCCUGAGAAGGCCAACGAGAGUGCCCAUUUAUCGUCAAAACGCCAACGUGAAGCAUCUCCUUCCCAGGGCUCUGCCCAUUUCCAUCAUAUCUCACCAGCCACCACCCCUCCUCCUGUUACUAAGCGACCACGGAUGUUCUCUGAAGUUCCUCCACCUGAAUGCCUCCUGUCCCCUUCCAAACCUGAGCAGGUGUCAGUCCUUGUCUCUGGACCACGGCAUGCUGACGUAGACGUUGCCAUGGAGACAGAGGAGUGUGCUGCUGCACCUGAGUUGACGCCUGAGAAGGACGAUGACAAAGACAUGAAGCCCCAGGCAGAAACAGACAAACCAGCAUCUCCGCAAGCACCUGAAGCAGGGGAGGACACUCAAAGGACCCGUUCUGUGCUUCCUCCAUCACCACCACCAGAAGAAGGGGAAGCAGAGAGAGCAAAACCAAAACCCAGAAAGAGAGAAAAAUCAUCUGAACGGCACUCAUCCUCCUCCAGUCACUCUUCAUCCUCUGAAUCUGACUCAGAAUCCUCCUCCUCCACUUCUUCAGGCUCUUCCCCACAGGACAAAUCCAGCCCACCAAGUAAAAAGAAAGACAAAGAGAAGAAAACGGCAAGAGCAGUUGCAGGAGAAGAGAGAGAAAAACCUUCCAGGGAUGUGAAGCAAGCUGCAGUCGCUGAGCCCACAGGACCUGUUGCUAUGGAGCUUGAGGAACGCCCUGAGUCACAGAGCACGCUGGCCCAACCUGCCCCACAGGGGGCGCCAGAGACUGCGGAGUCACGCCCUGAUGAGAGCACCACUCCAAAGGCAUUUGCUGCACGCAAGAUUUCACUGACUAGUACUAAGCCAGAGGGAGCAUCACUGACAGAAACGGAGUCUGGGGGUGGAGCGAGCAGGAAGAGGAGGUGGGGCUCCAGCACAGCAGUCACUGCCAAGAAGCCUUCGAUUAGUAUCACCACAGAGUCACUGAAGUCCCUGAUUCCAGAUAUUAAGCCACUGCAGGAGGCUGUGGUGGAGCUGCACCCAGAUGAAGGGCGUUUCUCUGGUGAUGAGGACUCCAGCCAGCAGGUUGACCGUGAGGAGGACCAGGGGCUUAAGAUUAGACGCACUGUAACACAGGUUGUCCCAUCUGAAGGACAAGAGAAUGGACAGAAAGAAAAGGAAGUGGAUGAAGAUGAGGAGGAGGAGGAGGAGGAGCAGGCAGAAGGAGAGAAAGAGAAACCCCACAGGAAUCAGAGGGAGAGCUUGUCAGAGGUUGCAGUGGAAACACAAGGGGGAGACGCCAAGAAAGUGACUCCUAAUGAUUCUCUAGUGCGUCGCUCGAUCAGUCAACAGAAAGUGUCUGUUGCUAUUGAUGACCCUGUACGCACGGGCCGGCAGCUCUCCCCUCCUCGAGGCAAAGUCUCAAACAUCAUCCACAUUUGCAACUUGGUACGCCCCUUCACUUUGGGCCAGCUCAAAGAGCUCCUGAAUCGGACUGGUACAGUGGUUGAAGAAAGCUUCUGGAUAGAUAAGAUUAAGUCACACUGCUAUGUGACGUACUCCAGUAAAGAGGAGGCAGUAGCAACUUGUGAGGCGCUUCAUGGUGUGAAAUGGCCAUCUAGCAAUCCCAAAGUGCUCCGAGUGGACUUCUGUGAACAGGACGAGGUGGACUUCCACAAAGGUCUCCUGACUGGAGAUGACCCGCGAGUCACAGGGCCUGUAGCCCGUCCCGCUGCUGCUCCUCCACCCCUCAUGCCUCCAGCACGAGAGAGGGAGAGAGAGAGGGAAAGAGAGAGGGACAUUGGCACCACGGCAGUGAGGGACCAGUGGGCAGAGCGAGAACGGGAGAUGGAGCGCAGAGAGAGGACGCGGUCAGAGCGGGAAUGGGACAGGGACAAAGUACGAGACUUUGGCAGAGACGACAGAGAUGCAGGCAAGAGAUCACGAUCGCGGGACAGGAGACGUAAAGAGCGAGGAAAGAGCAAAGAGAGGAAGGCAGAGAAAAAAGAAAAACCAGAGGAACCUCCUGCCAAACUACUGGAUGAUCUGUUCCGUAAAACCAAAGCUGCUCCAUGUAUAUACUGGCUGCCACUCACUGAAGAACAGGCGGCUCAAAGAAGUCUUGAGCGAGCGGAGCGGAUGAAGGAGCGAGAGAAGAGGAGGAAAGAACUGCAGGAAGAGGAGGACAAAAAGCGAGAGGAAGAGAGGAAGGAAAGAGUGCGUGCACGAGAGAGGGAGGGAGGGAACGCAGUGAGCGGUAGUGGAAGCUCUAACCGGCCUGCAGAAGGAGAGAGGGACAAGGAGCGAGAAAGAGAGAGGGAACGUGAGAGGGGUAGAGAGAAGGAGGGAGAGAAGAGGAGAGACAGCAAUAGAGGGAGAGCGAGCGACUCCAAGCCUUCAGGGGGCAGCAGACGCUCGCGGAGCCGCAGCAACCCCUCUAGAGACAGGCGACGCUGAGUAGGAAAAAUGUGAGCGCGUGUUGUGCGUGGUGUUUAAGAUGUUUGGAUGCCACCUCUGCUGAGGCCCAAGUAUGAAGCAAAAGUUCAGUGCUGAAAAUCAAAACUCAAUUGUUUCAGGAGUUUAC